AACCGAAUAUUUUUUGAAAGACUCGUCAGAACUAAAAUCAUUAAGCUGUAAACACUGAAAUGGAACGGACGUGGCUCUUCUUGACAAUUCUAAGCCUUGUCUUCUGCGGUUACAGAUGCAGUUCAGCGCAAAAUGAAGUGGCCAGAAGAAGAUUAUUGGACGAACUGCAAACAUUUAAUAAUUUAACAUGGACGUAUAUAGAAGAAUUUCAGCACGAUCUAAGCAGUCUAAGCGUGAAUCACAUUCUUGAAGUUCUAAUAGAGCAAAAUAUCACUGGCAAUCAAAAACAUAUGUUUUGUCCUAAACGAAACGGAAUCUUUCACAUUAGCGUAAACAGUUUGAAGCCCUUUCCUGUUCUGUGUAAUUCAGAUAUAGCUGGGCCUGGUUGGAUGGUUGUUUUGAAACGUUCUGAUGGCCAAACAAAUUUCUUUCGUAAAUGGAAGCAUUACCAAGAAGGAUUUGGUAACUUAUCCAGCGAAUUUUUCAUAGGAUUAGAAAAGUUGCAUGUGUUAACUUAUGAAAAGCCCCACGAAGUUUACUAUUUUUUGGAAGACUUCGAGGGUAACACGCGAUAUGCUAGAUAUGACGAAUUUUUAGUAGGCAACGAAGCUUCAUUCUAUACAUUGGAGAGACUUGGCGAGUACAGCGGAGAUGCCGGUGAUGCAAUGAGUCAUGUUGCCGGCCAGAGAUUUUACACUUACGACAUGGACAAUGGAAAUUGUAGGUGCGCUACAGAGCGUUCUAGUGCUGGAUGGUUUAAGUGCUGCACAAAAUGUAAUCUUUUUGGACCUUACUUGGAGGGAUAUUAUGACAUGGUUCAUGAAUAUAGAGCAAUAUGGUGGGAAUACUGGCGUGGCGAUCAGUACUCGCUCAAAACUGUGCAAAUGAUGAUAAGGCCAAAGUGUUCUUGCUAAACCCAAACAAAAAAACAAACAAAGAAUAAUUCCACAAUUUUCGAAAGACCGAUUGUAAAUUUGUUUGUUUUAUAAUCCAUCUAUUACAUUACAACAAAUGUAACUAAAAAAU